CUCCAGCGGUAUAGAAUAGAGCACACUUAGUGUUAAGUACAGGAAUUGCCAAUAUUAAACUUCCAUUGGACAGUUGACAGGAUGUCUGGAGGAGAUGUUGUCUACACAGUGCUGGAGGUGCUGAUCGCUGUUGCCUGCUGUCUGGGAAAUGUGCUAGUGAUCUCGGCAGUGUGGUCGAGCAGCAACCUCCGGCAGCCCACCUUCUGCUUUGUGGUCUCUCUGGCUGCAGCUGACUUCCUUGUAGGUUCUGUGGCUGUGCCGCUGGCUGUGCUGGUGGAUGGACGGGUGUGCACCUCAUUCAAUGUAUGUCUCUUCAUAAGCUGUGUGGUCAUCAUGUUGACAAUGACUUCGGUCAUGUCUCUGCUAGCCAUCUCUGUGGACAGAUUCCUACGCGUCUUCAUCCCUCUCAGGUACAAGAGGACAGUGACAAAGAGCAGAUCUUGGGUGGUGGUAGCAAUAUGUUGGUUUGUUGCCUUCAUGUUGAGCUUCCCACCCACGUUUGGGUGGUACAACCAUGACACCUUGUCUCACUCAGGGAACUCAACCACCAUCAUCUGCCAUUUCCGGGCUGUGAUUCCCAUGUCAUACUUGGUUUACUUUUUCUUCUUCCUCUGCACCCUCACUCCGUUGCUUGUCAUGGCUGUCCUGUACUGCUACAUCUUCUGUAUCAUACAAAAGAACCUGAGAGAGAGGGUGGGGAGCAGUACCCAGUCCCACACCUACUUCAGGAAGGAGAGGAGCCUGGCCCGAUCCCUGACUCUGGUCCUGGUGCUCUUCGUCUUUUGCUGGCUCCCUCUGGACAUCAUGAACUGUGUUGCCUACUUUGGUAAGACAUCAAACAUACCCCAACAGGCCUUCUAUGUGGGCAUCCUCCUCUCCCAUGGCAAUUCAGCUGUCAACCCGAUCGUUUAUGCCUUCAAGAUCCGCAAGAUCCAGGAAGCGUACCUGAGGAUUUGGAGGAAGGUCUUUGUGUAUCGAGGUGACAGUCAGGGCUCUCAGAGCAACCAGACCACUGAAAACAUUAUCAGCAGCAACCCUAACAGUGCGGAUAGAAAUAUUGAUGGAAAUGCUAUCAGUGUUAUGAAAAUUGACACAGUUGAAAGUACAGCAUGUUAAUAGUGUAGGAAGACAAUAUAAGUGAUAGUCGCUUAGCUUUUUUUCUUUGGCAAAGUGCAUCAAGACCUUAGAACCUGUAUAAAAAGGGAAAACUACUGCCAGGGUGUUAUACAUUGGCAUAUUUUAUAAUAUUUGGCAUUUGUUGAAAAAAACUGAGGGAUAAAAAUAGACAGAGGAAGUUGCAAGGAAGUCAAGUAAGUGGGCUCUUGCAGGUUUCUUUUUACUCUUAUCGAUUUCCUGUUUAAAGACUCGUGUUUCUUGAAUGUACUGAAUUUUGAAUAUUUUUUUUCUGUAUGAUUACGUUGCCCAGAAAUGGAAAUAACAUGCACUAUUUGGCAGUUAUCCCAAAAAAUGUGUAGGAAAAAAAAUUGCAAUCUCACUCAAUGAUUUGUCUG